AUGGGUUACGAAGACUCCGUGUAUUUGGCCAAGCUGGCUGAGCAGGCCGAGCGUUAUGAAGAAAUGGUCGAGAACAUGAAGGCUGUUGCCUCCGCAGACCAAGAGCUCAGUGUUGAGGAGCGAAAUCUUCUCUCAGUCGCCUACAAGAACGUCAUCGGUGCACGACGUGCGUCUUGGAGAAUCGUGACCUCCAUCGAACAGAAAGAGGAAUCAAAGGGCAACGAGGCCCAGGUCGGUCUGAUUAAGGACUACCGUACCAAGAUCGAGCAGGAGCUUGCAAAGAUCUGUGAAGACAUUCUCGAAGUACUUGAUAAGCACCUCAUUCCCUCCGCUCAGAGCGGUGAAUCCAAGGUCUUCUAUCACAAGAUGAAGGGAGACUACCACCGUUACCUCGCCGAGUUCGCCAUGGGUGACAAGCGCAAGACAUCCGCAGAUAAAUCGUUGGAGGCAUACAAGGCCGCUACCGAGGUCGCACAGACUGACCUUGCCCCGACACACCCAAUUCGCCUGGGUCUUGCGUUGAACUUCUCUGUUUUCUACUACGAGAUCUUGAACUCUCCCGACCAGGCGUGUCACCUUGCCAAAUCAGCGUUCGAUGAUGCUAUCGCUGAAUUGGAUACCCUGUCCGAGGAGAGCUACAAAGACUCCACCCUGAUUAUGCAGCUCCUGCGUGAUAACUUGACCCUCUGGACUUCGUCCGAGGCUGAGCCAGCUGCAGAGCCGUCCACCGAGUCCAAGGAGACACCUUCCGAGACACCGGCUGCCACCGAAGAGACCAAGGCUGCCGAGUAA